GUCGGAACGGUUUCACUGUCGGACUACAGACACCUAGCUAGCUAGCGGCGGUAGCAAAUGAAACAGAGCGCCUCUGAGCGAGUCUUUAUCAAACAUUUCACCGUGUGUGGUUAAACUCGUAGCUAAGCUGCUCGUUUCCAUUUUCGACUGUUUGACGCGUUCAUACGAAAGCUUGCUUUGUGAAGAUGGGAGUGCCGAAAUUUUACCGCUGGAUUUCUGAACGCUAUCCAUGUCUCAGUGAAGUUGUCAAAGAACACAAGAUUCCAGAAUUUGACAACCUUUAUCUGGACAUGAACGGCAUCAUCCACCAGUGCUCUCACCCGAACGACGAAGACGUCCACUUUCGCAUCUCUGAGGAGAAGAUCUUUGCGGACAUCUUCCAUUACCUGGAGGUGCUGUUUCGAAUCAUCAAGCCACGCAAGGUCUUCUUCAUGGCCGUGGACGGUGUGGCACCAAGGGCAAAGAUGAACCAGCAAAGAGGACGCAGAUUCAGGUCCGCCAAAGAAGCAGAGGAGAAGAUAAAGAAAGCUCUGGAUAAGGGAGAGGUGCUUCCAACAGAAGCUCGCUUCGACUCCAACUGUAUCACUCCUGGCACGGACUUCAUGGCGAGACUACAGGAGCAGCUCAGGUACUUUGUCCACAACAAGGUGUCUACCGACAGGCUGUGGCACAACGUCAGGGUCUUCUUGUCGGGUCACGAGACGCCAGGGGAAGGAGAACACAAGAUCAUGGAGUUCAUCCGCGCCGAGAACGCCAAACCCAAUCACGAUCCCAACACCCGACACUGCCUGUACGGCCUGGACGCUGACCUGAUCAUGUUGGGCCUGGCCAGCCACGAACACAACUUCUCCCUGCUCAGAGAGGAGGUCCGCUUUGGAGGGAAGAAAUCCCAGAAAAGGAUAACGGCUCCGGAGGAGACGACGUUUCACCUGCUUCACCUGUCUCUGAUGAGAGAGUACAUUGACUACGAGUUUUCAGAGCUAAAGCGUCAUUUGGGCUCCAGUUAUGACCUGGAGCGAGUAAUAGACGACUGGAUAUUAAUGGGUUUCCUAGUAGGGAACGAUUUCAUCCCUCACCUCCCUCAUCUUCACAUUAAUCACGAUGCUUUGCCGUUGCUGUACAAAACUUACAUCAGUGUACUUCCCAGCAUAGGGGGUUACCUUAAUGAGAACGGCCACUUAAACCUCAGAAACUUUGAGAAAUACCUGGAGAAACUUUCUGAGUUUGACCGGGAGCACUUUAGUGAGGUGUUUGUGGACUUGAAGUGGUUCGAAAGUAAAGUCGGCAACAAAUAUCUGAACGAGUCGGCCGGUCUGGCUGCCGAGGAGGAAGCUGCGAGCCGAGCUGGCAGAAAGUCAGAGAAGGACUCGUCCAUCCACCUCGCCGCCUUGACCUCAUCUGAGAAAGGGACUGAACAAGAAAAAGGACUGACUGAUGAUGAGGAGGAGGAAGACGAGUUGUUUGAAACAGAGUUCAAACAAUACAAACGCACAUACUACAUGACCAAGAUGGGUGUCAAUGUGGUGUCUGAUGAUUUUCUCGCCAAACAAGCCAAGUGUUAUGUGGAAGGCAUCCAGUGGAUCCUUCACUACUAUUACCACGGUGUUCAGUCGUGGAGCUGGUACUACCCUUACCACUAUGCCCCGUUCCUGUCUGACAUCCGGAACAUAUCCGAAUUAAAGCUGACCUUUGACCUUGGGAAACCCUUCAUGCCUUUCCAGCAGCUGUUGGCCGUCCUGCCAGCUGCCAGCAAGGAGCUGCUCCCCGAGGCCUACAGGGACUUGAUGACCAGUCCCAACUCUCCCAUUAUUGAAUACUAUCCUCUGGACUUCAAAACUGACCUCAAUGGAAAGCAGCAGGAAUGGGAAGCUGUGGUGCUCAUUCCGUUCAUAGAUGAGGCGUGCCUUCUAGCAGCCAUGGAGCCUUUCAGUCACAAGCUGACGAAGGAAGAGAAGGCCAGGAAUCGGCACUCGGAGUGCGCCAUGUACUCAUACGACCCUGACAUGGACUUUACGUACACCUCCUCCCUGCCUCAGCUGUUCCCAAACAUCGUCCAUUGUCAUGUCAGGGAAGUCCAGAUCCCCAUGGACGCUUGGCAUGUACUGUUAGACCACGUCAGCAAGCGUGUUGACCGCUCAGCUCUGUACUUCUGUGGUUUCCCCACUCUGCACCACAUCAAACACAAGUUUUAUAAGAAGAAGAGUGGAGUGGUCGUGUUCCAGCAGAGCAGCAGAGGAGAGAACCUGAUUCUGGACAUUCUUCCCAAUCAGGACGGGGAAACGAUCUGUGAUCAUGUUGCCGCAGAUGUUUUGGGGAAGCCUGUUUUUGUCAACUGGCCCCAUCUAGAGGAAGCUCGCAUUAUUGCAGUGUCAGAUGGGGAAACCAGAUUUGCUCUGGAUGAGCCUCCUGGAGUCCAGCGAGUGUACGACAGGCCGUCCAGUCCUCCCCCCACUAAAGUCUCCUGCUUGUCUGACAAAGAGCAGAAGGACUGGGUCAAGGACGUGCAGGGAAUCACUGAACACUUCUUCAAGAGGAAAGGCAUCGUGGUGAAUGAGACGAACGUGCUUCUGUACGGUCAGAUGCUGACAGGAAGGAAGUAUGUCCCUAAGGCCAAUGGAGUGGUGGAGCUGGAGAAACAGUGGUGCAAGCAGGUCCUUCCAUUCGCGUACCAGACGGUGGUUAAGGACAUCAAGGCGUUUUACUCGUCUCUGACCUGCUUCAAGAGUUUGGAGGAGCUUUUUCCUCCGUCCACUACAGUCUUCAUGGUGGGAAGUCCUUACUACGGUGCCAUGGGAGAGGUACAAGACUCUCAAGAUGUCCUCAAAGACGGCCGGAUACGAGUGGUUUUCAAUGUGCCUCAUGAGCCGCAGCUGGAGCACUUGAUCCAGAAUCAACACAAAUACUCGGUCAAGUACAGUCCAGGCUACAUCUUGGCUUCUCGCCUCAGCAUCAGCAGCUACCUCGUGUCUCGCUUCUCAGGGAGCAUCUUCAUCGGCAGAGGCUCCAAGAAGAAUCCCUGUGGGGAGCAAAAAGCUAACGUGGGGCUGAACCUAAAGUUCAACAAGAAGAACGAGGAGGUUCCUGGGUACACCAAGAGAACCGAGAAAGAGUGGCUUUACUCUGCGGCUGUUGAGGAACUGCUAGCUGAAUACCUGGACAGAUUUUCAGAGGUUUUUGAUGCAGUGUCCAGAUGCAGUCACGACGACGUGUUCUACGAAGACGACAUCUGGCCGGGAGAGGACCAGAAUGGGGCAGAGAGGGUGGCUGAAAUCACCUCCUGGUUGAAAAGUCAUCCAGUCAGCUCCACCAGCAGGGCGUCGUGUGACCUCCAGGUUCUGGAUGCUGCCAUCGUGGAGAAGAUUGAGGAGGCAGUGGAGAAGACCAAGGUGAAGAAGAGCACCAAGAAAGUCCGUGUGACAGUCAAGCCUCAUCUCCUGUUUCGGCCCCUGGAGCAGCAGCAGGGUGUGGUUCCAGACCCCGACGCCGAGUUCCGUCUGUUCGACAGAGUCGUCAACAUCCGGGAGAGCUUCAGCGUCCCGCUGGGACACAGGGGGACAAUCAUCGGCAUUAAAGGAGCCGAGCACGAGGCCGAGGUUCUCUAUGAGGUCUUGUUUGACGAGGAAUUUGCCGGAGGUCUUAGCAUCAGGUGUACAUCCCCUCGCGGUUACCGCCUCCCUCCCUGCGCUCUCAUCAACCUGUCCCACGGUACCCGAUUGGACCACGGCUCCCACAAACUCACCGCCAUCGUCAAGCCCCAGCCAGCCGCCGGGGGCAACUUCAACUCGCAGCGCAUGGCGGGCCUCAACCACUCGCCUCGCUCGCCCUUUGUGCCCACGCAGCACAACAAGAAUGCCGGGGCGUCUCAGGGUAACAAAACUCCAUCUAAAGGUCCCAACCAGAAACAACACGCUAAGUCUAAGGAGGAGUACAGUGACGUGUGGCAGUCUCUGCAGAAGACAGGCCCUCCCAACAAACCUCCUGAUCACUGGCACAAUAACGUCCCAACUGGUGGCAUCAGAGUAUUAAAGAAAAAUGAAGACGUCAACUCUUUUUUCCCCUCCAAGAACACGGCUAAUAAGGGUACCCCUGAGUUUGAGGAGCUCAUUGCCAAUCUAAAGCUGUCCCAGGGUAGCCAGCAGACGCCACCACCUCCUGCUCCUCCAGAGGAACCCAGCAGCCAGCCAGACGGUCCAUUGUCUCCACAGUCCUUCGCCAUGAAAGGAACCCUGGUUCUCAAGGAGAUGCUGAAGAUUGACGGCGCUGGAAAAGGAAGUCCGACAUCCCAGGGGUCGGCCAACCCUGCUCCCUCUGCUGGCCAGCAGCACCAGCAGAACAGAAGACGAUCGAAUAAGAAGCUAGCUGCAACGAUAAACAACGCUCCUAGCGAGUCGGUCGCCGUACCCCCUCCAGCAUCGGCGGCUGCUGCUAACUCUGCCCUGAGCAGUAAGGUGUCAGAGCUGGCCUGUGUCUGCGUGGGCUUGGGCAUGGCCCCUCCAGACUUCAGCUUCAUUCCCAACCGACAGGGUCUGGUAGUUUGCCAGGUGAAGCUGUCCAACGGGCUGAUGGUUCACGGACCUCAGUGUCAGUCAGAAAACGAAGCCAAGGAGAAAGCCGCCAUCUUUGCCCUCCAAAGACUGAACUCCCUGGGGUCAGGGUUCCCCCUCCUUCCUCACCUGUAUCCAGGGAUGGCUCAGAUGCCGCGGCCACCAAUGGGAGCCAUGCCGCCGGUCUUCAACCAACAAGGUUUGCUGCUGCCCUCUCAGGGUUACGGCCCCCCUCCUCUCUGGGGGAUGACCCUGCCCCCUCACCACCACCCCAACCAGCCCUUCUACGGAGCACCAGGAACCUUCCCCGGUGCCGCCCGCCCCCACCCCGCUCCCGCUGCACCCAUCGGCUCCCACAACCAGUUCAUCCCGUUACAGGUGACGAAAAAACGAGCCUCGGCCAACAAAAACAGCCAAGAAAGCCGAGAGUUUUACAGCGCCGCCAAAACCGUCGCCAGGAACCAAUCACAGAAAGCCCAGAGCCAGCGCUCCGCUCAGUCGCAGCCCCAGAACCAAUCACAGGGCGCCAAACCCCACCAGCCGCACACGCAGCAGGCCAACAGCGAGCCCUCCUCAUCCAGUCCCAGCCUGGCGGACGGCGCCGCCUCAAAGACGGCAGUCCGGCACACGCCUCCCCGACAGAGCGCGCCCGCAGCGGGCCACACCCCUGGCUCCGCCUCUAAGAGGAAGCACAGGAAGCUGGCUGUUAACUUUGAGGCGACUAAAGUGUCAGAGUGAGCUGGGCUGUGUCUCUGGAUCAGGUGUGUGUGUUCGAGAAAGAAGAGUUGAUUCCUUUUAUUUUAAGCUGCUCUUCUUCUGAGUCUCCGAUCGAAACCUCAUCAUUGUCUCUCGCAACCAUUUAAGAGCAGAAAGCAGCUUUAUCCUGAUGCGUAAAACUGGAUUUGUUUUUCUUUCAGCAUCUGACCCUGACUAAAUCAGGAUCGUGGUGAGAUGCCUUUUUAAGCCCUGUUAUGCCCAGUGUGUUUAAGCCAACAGGCAGCUGUGCAGAUCCUUUUUAGAGGUGUCAUCUCAACUACUUUUUUUUUUUCUUUCUUUUUUUUGGAUCACUGCUAAAGUAAGGCAGCACUGAGGAUCAUUUCCAACCCACAGAAUUGACUGUGCAGGUGGAUUUUCUGUUUAAAAAUAUUAUACAUUAUAUAACACCUCAAACUAACGCAGUUGGCUCAUUGGACCAGACAUUCAAACAGCCGUGGAGACAUUUAACUAAAGGUUAAAGUCUAAAACUGCCUGGAGUCUUUGGCUCUGUCCAUUUGUUGUCUUUUAAAAUGACAACAAAAGGAAGAAAAGGGCAUUAAAAUCAUUUGUCUGGUGUUUCUUAGUUCGUCCAAUCAGGUGCACCCUGAAUUAUUAUUCUUUUUUUUGCAUGAUCAAGUGACAAGAUCACG